ACACGCAACACAUUCGCACGCAGAUUACUCUAUUUUCAAAACAUUAAACAUAAAUUUCGGAAUGUCGACACGUAAACGGUCUGGUUCUGGAACCAAACAACCAAAAGAAAAAAUUGUAUAUAUUUUUGAGUCCUUAUUUCGUGGUGAAGACGUCGUUCGAGGGUACAAUAACUUUUGGAACGAGUUGUUCCUGAUUACUCCGCCAAGUCUUGAAAUUCUAGACACGGAAAUUCAACAACUAGAUGACUUAAAGAUGUGUGCUGCAAAACCCAACAUAAUACUUGUGGUAAAAAAAUGCAUUGAAAUGCUUGACUCCGACAAUCCUAAAAGAGUAAAUAACUCAUUGAUCACAUUGAGUAGUUUGACAUUUGCUUUGUGCAGAAAAUAUUCGGUUACACAAGAAACAUCGGAAAAUUACUUGGAAUAUGUCGUUGCAGAGGCUGAAGAUGAAAUAAAAAGCCUUAUAGACAAAAUAAAAGUUCUGCUUUCUGAGAGUGACGAGUCUUCUUUCUAUUGCAUAAAAUUCCUGUUGCCUAUUCUUAUUACGAAUUCUUGCGGCCGCAACAAAAUAAUGGAAUACAUAAUGGCCGCAAACAACUUAUUUGAGCCACUGAAGAAAAUUCUUAGUGAUCCCACCCAAAGACUUAAAUAUGGUAAUGAUAUUGUGAUACUUCUGACUCUUUUGGUCAACUAUAGAAAAAGUGAUAGAACCAAUCCGUAUGCUGUGCAGCUUUCGCUUUUGGACGAUGAAUUUGCGUUGCAUGGAUUUGGACAAAUCAUAUCGACUACCUUAUUCGAAUUUAUUCGAUUGCAAUCAACUAACGACGUAACAACUCACAACAAUUCCUGGAUUAGUUCAUUUUCAUCUAUAGUUGGAAAUAUUUUUUUAUCGGAAGAAAUCGAUGGAAAAUCUCAAAAUAUUCGACAAAACACAGUCUUACUUUUGGCUUUGUACGAGGCUGUACAUUUGAACAGAAAUUUUAUCACGACUUUAGCUACAACGCACACAGAAACAAGCACAGCUCCUUCCGAUCUACUGAGCAACAGUGACGUUUUACCAGAAGUUCAAACUGCUCCGAUGCUAGAGGCAUCCCAAUAUCCUACGAACUUGAUUGUAGCAGUUUUCCAAUAUUGCUAACACGUACCAGUGCCAUUCCACCUUCGUGGUAGACCGCAACAAUAAACCGCAUGCAGAAAGGGGCGUUUUUGUCCUGCUGGUGGGUUCGGAUUCCCCCGCCCAACUAAGCGUGCGGCGGACAUUUAAUUAGAUCUCUUAAGCCAGUUCAAUCAGAGAGGCUUUCGAAUUGUAUGUGGUAAUUAGAUUAUUAUUAUAUUUUUUCAUGAAUAAAAGACAUCUUUAGACCAUCGUCAAAAACUGUUUUCUUAAGUGCCCUUUCCAACAGGGUGAAAGAGUAAACACAUGAAGUUGUUUGGCAUUCUUUUAAGUGGUCUCUAAAAACCAGCUAGGAAAACCAUCUCUUAUUUAGGUGAGAAGGCACGAGCUCAGCAAUCAACAGCGACGGCAACAUCUAGCAUCUGGCUUCACAUCCCAAUCUUAUCAACUUCAACCAAAAAAAUCGACUUCACAAACUCGGUCAGCUGAGUCGAUAAUGUAGUAAAAAGACAAACCAAAAUAGAAUAGUGAGAAUGAGGAAAGCGAGAGAGAAAGAAAUAUUUUUGCCUCUCUCAUUUUUUUGACAUUUUCUGCAGGGGUGGACACCAACAGUAAUGGCCAGCACUAAACCGGCCGAGUAAAGUCCAAACUCGGUCAUUGUCCAGCACUGAAGUAGCUGUUAGGGCUGAUCUCAAAACUUCUUAGCUUUUGCUCGUAGCUGUGAAAGCGCUUUCAGUGCUGAAUAGUGACCAUGUUUUAGUGCUGGAUGGUUACUUGGGUAUAGUUAGUCUAAAUCAUCCAAAUAUAACAAUUUUUCAUACACCCUCAAAUAAAAAUAAAGAAAUCCAUAAAAAAAGGAUAAUCAAAUACGCAAUCUAAAAAAAAAACCUCAUCCGAGCUUAACUUCAACCGAAUUAUGUGAAAGUUUCCCGGCAAUAGGCCGUGGAAGUGAAUAAUUCGGAAAUAACAAAAACAAGAAGAUUUUGUUUAUAUACACAAGAUUGUAAAAGGCAACUGGAGAAUGGUAAAGAAUAAUUUUUACUUCAUAAAAAUCGUUCUUCUUUUAGGGGGAAGGUGUCCCCUGCACGGGUUUACCAACCCUGCAUAGCUAAUUAGUUGCAACCCAUCAUUCACUGCUUCACACUUCAAUUUUAAUUUAUUGCCCUGCCUGACUGAGUGAGCCACACACAGCCAGGCCCAGGACUCAAAUUACAUAACAAUCGGUUCAAUAUGCGCUGGCAUAACUGCUGUGCUUGCGCAUGGGACUGUGUCGGGUUGUACAGUUUUUCGGGUUUUACGGCAAAGUGCGCUGAAUAAUGCUGAUCCAGCGCAAAGGACACUUCAGGCCAUAAACAGAGAGAGCCAACUCCAGAUGUCUCCAAUGAGUAAACUCUACAAAUACGAUGUAAGAAAUGUAACCAAACUCAUAUAAAAGGGCCAGGAGCCACCAAAUAAAGGAGAUUUUUUCUUAGAACACAAA